AAGAUUAUUGAGUGAGCGCAAACAGGAUAUUGCUGUCAUCUGUCAACAAAGCAGAAACUCUUAUUUUUUUAGAUGUUUUAGUCCAUUCAAAUCAGCUCUGGAGGAGGCAAUUAUUUUGCUCGAACUCUAUUUAGUUAUUAUGGUCAUUUCAUGCUCAUGGGCUGUAUAUUUUCUGUUCGUUUCUAAACCUGUAAUUGGGAAAACUUAAGAUUGUUUCAAAUUAAGAGAAGCAGCUAGCUAGCCUGUAUGGCCAGUCUACGUUCAUGUCACAUUCAGAAGUGAAAAGAAUUGUGGGUUUUCUUGACAUCACUCGUCGCUAGCUACCUGAAGUUUGUCGCACGGCAAAAUGGACUUUUCCAAAUUUCUGGACGAUGAUUUCGACGUGAAGGACUGGGUGAAUGGGGCCUUCAAGAUGCAGAAGGAUGUGCCUGGGAAGGCAGAUGCACACGCGGCAACGCUGGUCAUGAAACUGCAGUUGUUCAUCCAGGAAGUCAACAAUGCAAUAGAGGAGAGCAGUAACCAGGCCCUGCAGAACAUGCCCAGAGUGCUGCGGGACGUGGAGGCCCUGAAGCAGGAAGCGUCAUUCCUGAAGGAGCAGAUGGUCCUUGUCAAAGAGGACAUCAGGAAAUUUGAGCAGGACACUGUUCAGUCCAUGCAGGUCUUGGUGGAGCUCGAUCAGGUCAAGUCUCGGAUGCACCUAGCCUCCGAUGCACUACAGGAGGCAGACAAAUGGAGCACGCUCAGUGCAGACAUCGAGGAGACCUUCAAGACACAGGACAUGGCUGUAAUCUCUUCUAAACUGACCGCCAUGCAGAACAGCCUGGCUAUGCUGGUGGACACACCAGACUACUCUGAGAAAUGUGUGCACCUGGAGGCUUUGAAGAAUAGGCUGGAGGCCUUGGCCAGCCCCCAGAUAGUAGCCACCUUCAACUCCAUGUCUAUAGACCAAGCCAAGCUCUUUGUGAAAGUCUUCACAGAAAUCGACCGAAUGCCACAGCUUCUUGCCUACUACUACAAGUGUCAUAAGGGUCAGCUGGUGAGUGUGUGGCAGGACCUGUCUCAGAGUGAGCUGAGUCUAAAUCAGCAGCUGGCUGAGUUCUACGACACCUUGCUCUCCACCUGGCACUCCCAGCUACAGUGGAGCAGCCAGGUGUUUAAGAACCCAUACGAGGUGGUGACAGUGCUGCUGAUCCAGACCCUGGGGGCCAUGGUGCCCUCCAUCCCUGUGUGUCUGAGCACGGCCAUGGAGCGCGCCCCCCAGGAGCAGCGGCUGGACACCCUGCUGGAGCUUCACCACACCGCUGCCACCUUCGGCAGGAGCCUGGCGCAGGCCAUGUUGCCUCACCUGGGCGAGAACAACCUGCUGAAGGUGAAUGAGCUGGUCAGUGCCCUGUACGACCCCUACAAACCCUACCAGCUGCAGUAUGGAGACCUGGAGGAGUCCCACCUCCUCAUUCAGAUCAGCGCCGUGCCCCUGGAGCGUGGUGAGGUGAUAGACUGUGUAGAGGAGCUGAGUCACUCAGUGGGGAAGCUGUUUGGCCUGGCCGGUGCUGCUGUUGACCGCUGUGUCAAACUGACUGACGGCCUGGCCUUGUGUGGCCUCCUCAAGGCCCUCAAAGCCCUCUUCGCCAAGUAUGUGUCAGACUUUUCCACUACUCUGCAGUCAGUCAGGAAGAAGUGCAGGUUGGAGGACAUGCCCAGUGCUGCUGUGUUCCAAGAGGAUUGGACUGCCUUCCAGAACUCGGUCAGGAUCAUUGCCACCUGUGGGGAGUUGCUGAGACAGUGUGGAGCCUAUGAGCUGCAGCUGUCAAACAAGAUCCUGGCCACGGCGGGGAAGUACCUGUCUGAGUCGUACAGCCCUAGGAGCCUGGCGGGCAUCCAGGAAGCCAGCUCCACAGAGAGGAAGGCAAGCGGCAGGAACCCCUGGCAGGAGUAUAACUACCUGCAGAGGGGCAACAUGUCAGAGUACAACAGCCUGAUGGGGCUGCUCUACUCCCUCAAGGAGAAGGGGACAGGUAACUCCAUUCUUCUGGCUGAGCCCCGAGUGGCUCUGACCCGUCUCAACCAGCAGGCCAACCAGCUGGCCUUCGACUCGGUCUUCCUGCAGAUCAAACAUCAACUCUGCUUGGUCUCCAAAAUGGAGAGCCGAGACGCAGGAGGUUUUGGAGAGAGCUAUGCUGAAGACCUGCCUACCUUCAGCUUGUCCCCACAGGAGUACAUCACCAAUAUAGGACAGUACAUCAUGUCUCUGCCGCUCCACUUGGAGCCCUUUGUGACGCAAGAAGACCCGGCGCUGGAGUUGGCCCUGCACGCAGGAAAGCUGCCUUUCCCUCCUGAGCAAGGUGAUGACCUUCCGGAGCUGGACAACACAGCAGACUACUGGCUGGGCUCCAUCGCCAGGGCGACCAUGCAAACGUACUGUGACGCCAUCCUGCUCAUCCCAGAGCUCACGGCCCACUCCACCAAACAGCUGGCCACCGACAUCGACUAUCUGAGCAACGUUAUGGACGCUUUGGGCCUGCAGCCCUCCAGGACCCUUCAGCAGAUAGUGACCCUGCUGAGGGCCAAGCCAGAGGAGUACAGACAGACGGCCAAACUGCUGCCCCGCAGACUGGUGUCCACCAUCGCUGCCCUGAGAGGGCUGGACCACUGACCACGGUCACACUCUAAACCGAUUUGAUCGCUACAAUCUGGAGUCUGGACCCCUGGUAUGACGGAGAACUGAGAAGUAUCCAUUUGGGGAUAUUCCCAUCAUGCAACAUCUUCAAAUCAAAUAUUGUAACUGCUUUGGCAUCAUACUAUUGGCAAUUCUGUUAGUAAAAAAAAAAGAUUGUUUUCUAUUAUGUUACAUUUUUGUUCAUUUACACUUAUAUUGGGGUAAAUCCGGGUAGAAUUGGUUUUGCUUAUUUGUAAUGUACUGGAAUCUGUCCACUAAUUGAAUAAACAUGUGGCCUUGUUGUCUUCAAGUC